UUUGUCCAGGAAUUGCAGGCUAUUAUUUGCAGUGAUCGCACAACAGCCGCGAUAGUUACCACAGCCCAGCACCUGCCACUAAAGAGUCUGUUCACGACUCCAUAGAUGUUACAGUUAGCACCAUCGUUGCGAUUUGGGUUUACACUGCAUUCACCUCACUCAUAUCCGAAGAGGAAUUUUUAUCUGUUAUCUUUUAUUUCCGACCGUUAUAGGUAGAGUCCGGCAUUUGAAUCAUCGAGAGACUGAUAUCUGCGCGUACGCAUGAGUAUGGUUGUUUCCCUUAGCAAAGUAUCCAGUACUACUGUGAGGCAGCGUUUUAUGCUUUUGGAAGGUGCAUUUAUAUGCGACUAACAUCAUUAACCUCCCGAGUUGCGAACCGGUUGUUUAGUCUACUGGGUUUUACAGUACUGCAAAUUUCUGUCGAACCAGAAAAGAGCGGAGUACCGACCAGAGCUUUCAUUAUAAUUAACCGGCUCCCGUUUGAUCUGCAGAUGUUAAAUUGCUAAAGUAGUUAGAAAUAGAACAGGUUGCACAAUUCCCCGUUCAUUUACGAUGCCGCUAAAAGCCAGUUUCCCGCUUCUGCUGGUUUUCCUUUAUGUUCAGAAUAUUGGAUGCGCUUCUUUAACGGAACAAACUACAGUAGCCCUAGCGCCGGUUUCCGAUGCCGCAGCUACCUCGAUUCCUGCUGUCAACAAUCCGGUGGAACCUGCAGCCAAUGUGGAAGCUGCCAGUGUAAUUGUUAACAAUGGUACUGCACCGGAAGUUGUUCAAGCGGCCGCGGUGGACGGUGGAAACAUUUCCAGCAAUGCUCGCAUGGCCCUCCCGGUCGCAACGUCGUUCCGCUGUUUCAAAUGUAAAAUCGUUGACGACGAAAAGCAGCAGUGCAACGAUACCAUUGACUGCAGCUUUCACGGAGACAGGUGCCAUUUUAUUCAAGGAUUGGUAAAAAUCGACCAAGAAAAUGCAACGAAAAUCACCGUAGCCGGAUGCGGGCACGCGGGCCAUGUUUCAGUGACAAUACAUCAUCACGACAUAACAAUCGACGGAGUCCAUCAUCCUGCAGAUGGCUGCAGCUUGCUCGCAAUUUCCGCAGAGAAAUCUCCUAAGCAAAACGAUGUGGGAAACAGCACGGUUUUGUUUGAAGGCAGCUCAUGCACUUGCAAUUCGACGCUCUGCAAUCAUGCCGAUAUCCUACGUACCGUUGCCACGGAUGUCAGUCCCAACACACAAAAAAACCAAUCCUCAUCUUCGUACCGUACCUUACCAGCCGGAUGGAGUGUUGCUGUACUCUUGCUAGUGACCUAUCUAAUACCGAUGGCGGAUUGUAUUGCACGAUACGGAAGUACCGUCUAAAACGGGGUCUUUAUUUGAAUUCCCAGGACAUAGGAUUGCUUUUUAGCAGGUUUUCGGUAACAAAUAAACAAAUACAGUGUACUGACAACCAAAAUAUAACAAGGAUUUCUUUAUUUAUGUUUUCCUCUGAGUGUGAAAUGUUUUUAAUUAUAUAAACUUGCGACGUUGCAUGGUGAAAGCUUUAGUGCGUGCAAAUAGAUUAAAGCUAAAACAAACUGCUCGUAA